GCCGCCCGCUCCCAACACUUCCUCUUAUUUUAUUACGAGUUUCAUUUCGCGUACUUUUGGACGGCGGUAGUAAUGCGGCGAGAAAAAAAUCGCAACUUUGGACCCUAAAAAUGGAACACCGUGAACAUUUUUCGACAUACAAAAAAAAUUUUCCCGGCAAAAAUUUUGAAACUAUUCUUUUUACACACCGCUACUAAACGCAGUUCAAAAACUAGGUUUCUUUUACAUUUAUUUUUUUGAAACACAAACCGAUGCAGUUAUCAAGUUUAAGUUCUUGUAUGUUUAGUUUUGUUUUCCGAUGAAACUGUAAACUCAAACUGUACCACUGGACAGACGAAGAAGCGACAGAAGGGAAUAGAAGAGAAGAGAAGAUGGCGUUGGCUUCCUCUGUGAGCCUGUACUACUCGAUAGUGCAGCGAGCUGCCAGGCAUUACCUAGAAGACUAUUGUCACACAGAUACGACAGCUCCGUACGUGCUGUACAAGGAUGGCGUGGAACGCGCGCCCCCGGGGACGCAGUGGGGAGGCGGCAUGCUGGACGGCGGCUACCAACCCAUGCAGCACCAGAGCCCCGGCGGGCCGUCACCGCAGCCCGAGCCGCAGCUGGCAUCGCCCGCGCCCUCGCCCUACCCGCCCGCGCCGCCGCCCGCGGACCCCGCUGGCUCCGCGGCCGACGAGGCGGCACAGCUCGCGCAGCAACAGGCUCAGCAGCAGGCCCAGCAACAACAACAGCAACAGCAACAACAGCAGCAGCAACAACAAACCUCCCCCGAACACAUGCAAGUAGAGCAGCAGCUGCAGAACCAGCCGCAGCCACCCACGCAGGACCACAUCGACCGCACGCCCUGCUUCGUCCCGCAACCAGACCUCCAGCAACAAUACACCCCGUACUUCAAGGAGACGAGGCCGACCAGCCACAUGCUUGGCACCGGCGGAUUCCCGCUGCACUAUCUGAAACAGAAUGGUGGCGUCCUGUCGUUAGAGGGCCCGCUGGACCAAUACACCGCGCCGGAGCUACGCCACCUGCCCGACAUAGUGCAGCCGGAGCCGCCUAAGCCGCGCAAGCACAAUCCUAACUCUGAGCUGCGGCUAUUCAAAUGCCUGACGUGUGGCAAGGACUUCAAGCAGAAGUCGACACUGCUGCAGCACGAGCGCAUCCACACGGACUCGCGGCCCUACGGCUGCCCGGAGUGCGGCAAGCGGUUCCGCCAGCAGUCACACCUCACUCAGCACCUGCGAAUCCACGCCAACGAGAAGCCCUACGCAUGCGUGUACUGCCCGCGCUCGUUCCGGCAGCGCGCCAUCCUCAACCAGCACCUGCGCAUCCAUUCCGACGUGUCGCCGCAUCUGAUCUUCAAGAACGGCACGACGCCAACGUUGUGGCCGCAAGACGUGCCCUUCCCGCCCGACGAGAACAAGGAGGAGAUCCAGUCAACGUUCGGCGACGCGGACGGACAGAACGGGGAACAGCGCGGCUCCUGCUUCUCACCGGGAGACACGGCGCAGUAUCCGGCAUAUUUUAAAGAUACCAAGGGUCUCAACCACACUGUGUUCGGGUCGGGAUUGUCGCUACAGUAUCUGAAGGGCGGUAAACUCCCCGACGUUCUCGGUGGGCGUGCGAUGCCGCUAUACGUGCGCUGCCCAAUAUGUCAAAAGGAAUUCAAGCAGAAGUCGACGCUGCUGCAGCACGGCUGCAUCCACAUAGAGUCCCGGCCAUACCCAUGCCCGGAGUGCGGCAAACGUUUCCGGCAACAGUCGCACCUAACGCAACACCUGCGUAUUCACACCAACGAGAAACCCUACGGGUGCGUGUACUGCCCCCGUUUCUUCCGACAGCGGACUAUCUUGAAUCAACACCUGCGCAUACACACCGGCGAGAAGCCGUACAAGUGCACGCAAUGCGGGAAAGAUUUCCGGCAGAAAGCCAUUCUGGACCAACACACCCGGACGCAUCAAGGGGACCGGCCGUUCUGCUGCCCGAUGCCCAAUUGCCGGCGGCGGUUCGCGACCGAGCCGGAGGUGAAGAAGCACAUCGACAACCACAUGAACCCGCACGCGGCGAAGGCGCGGCGUGCUGACGCGUCCAAGACGCCGCGGCCGCUGCCGCCUGCCGCCGCCGUGGUGAAGCCCGAGCUGUACUUCCCACAGUGCUACGCGCCGCCGUUCCAGCAGUUCCCGUCGUCGGGCGCGGAGUUCAAGCCGGCCGUGGGCCCGGGCGCGCCCGUGGCGUGCCUGCCGGCGCAGUGA